AUGCUAAACAAUUACUGUGUGUUCCGUUUGAGACCUCCUGCCCGUAUCAUCCAUCCUGUCACGGCAAUGCGAACUGCAUGCAUGGAAAGUUUCAAGUUCGCCGGAUGGCCGUAUAGAUGUCAUCGGGUAGAUGUACUUGUCACAGUUGAAUACAAACACUCGGAGGACAUUGGAGACUUCAAGGCAUACAUGUGUAGCUUGCUCCCGAACUCACAUAUCUCCACUUGCGCACUCCACAUCGAGUGCAAAAUCGAAUGGGUCAUACAAGUGAUUCGAAACAUGCUUACACUCAUUCAGCAGGCUGAUUCGACAUUCGCAAACUGCUGUGGACGAAACACUCCGUCGGAUGUCACUGCCCCAACUAUUUCUUAA